AUGCAGCCCUCGAUGCCAUUCAGCCCGGUCAAAGACGGCCGCCGGAUCCUCGGCGAGAAGGACUCCAACGCGUGCUUGUCCCCCGCCCACGCAGCCAAACAGUCCCUCUUGGUCGCCGGCACGCCCGUCAAACGGACGCUGUGCACGGCAGCGUCGCCUAAGAAACUCCUUCCUUCUCCAAUCUUUGCAGGCCAAAAACGGACAAGAGACCAGGUGGAUGAGACUGAUGUAAACAAUACACGCGUGCAGGAGCCGCGGGGGCUUCGCGAAGAGAGCUCGCCCUCCACGAAGCAUGCGAGCCAGCAGCUGACACAAGAGUCGGACGCGAUGGAAAUCCGCGUCCCAACUUCAUCACAACCGGAACGCGACCAAACCCCCAAAAUGGAGACCAACAGGUCCCGCAGCGCGUCGCGAGGCUCCGAUUCAGACACACGAUCGGUUCCUGAAGAGCCCCAGGCGCGAAAGGUGUUCAUCCAAGAAAAAGCGGCUCUGCUCCGAAACAAACUCCAAACCGCCAUGCGCAAUGUGGCCGACCACCAGAUUGACCGCCGUGUCUCUGAGCUGGAGGCACACAGUCGCAAGGUCCCUCGACUCUCCUUUUCCACCCUCUCUUCCCCCUCCACCUCGUUCCGCAACGCCAUUACACCUUCUCAGCUCAAGACGCCGCGGCGCAUUACCCAAAGCACUCCCAACGCACUCCCCCCGCACCCUUGGCUCUCCUAUGCAGCUGAGCAGCCCCCCGCCACGGUGGUCCGCCAUGGCCGCCGAGAGAUGACCGACGGAGCAGACCCAGAGGAAGGACCAACAUCGCACGAUGAUCUUUCGCCGUCACAGAGGGGUGACGCGGUGGAUGGGUUACUCAAGCUCAUGAGUACGUCGGACAGGCAGGACAACCCGGAUGCAUGGAGCGGGUAG